AUGGCAUUCGAGACAAACUCCAAAAUCGAACCGGAGAAGGUGUCGGUGAAACUCGGGAAGACAGAAACAUCAAUAAAAGGGAUUGUUCCAGAGGAAAACAAAACCUCAUGUCUACAUAAUAAAGUCGAAGAAUUCGAGGUUGAUCCUUUCAUAAAGAAUCUAUUCCAAUAUUUCAUAGAACAAUUUAAUAUGCAACAUAGACCAAUUGUACAUUGCUUAAUUAGAAAGUAUAUAGUAAACGCAAAAAAGAACCCUGUAAAAAUAUUUAAUCAAUUACUUAAAUGUCCAUAUAGAAUAUACUUUACCAGCCUAGUCGGAUUCUUCUAUGAAUUUGGGAUCGGAACAACCGUUGACAAUAAAAUGGCUCUAGAGAAUUACGUGCAGGCCACCAAGGACACCGUGUCAACCUCUCAAGUGGAUUCUUUGUCACUUUUGGAAUCAUUUAGAUUGCACAACCAUUACAUUG